UCAUUAGUUCGUGUGCAUCUCUUGUUUAUUGCCUUGUUGAAUUUUUUUUGUGAAUCCCGGAAAAUCUAAUCAUUAAUAGGAUUUAGUGAAAAGUGCUAUUGUGUGAUAUUUUUGUGCAGAUCGAUUUAAAAUUGUAAUUGGAUCCUUUAAAUAAUAAUUAUUAUAAUGUUGUUUAAUGAGAUGCGUGGCCGCGAGGGAAAUCUAUUACAGCAACAACCUGAACAACUUGGUGCAAUCAAGUAGGAACGAAUUUAGAGAAGCACGAGACGACAAACGUCGAUUACAAUUAGUUUGGUGUUGGUUUUCUGUAAUACUAUUCACAGUUCGUGUCAGUAGCAAGUUUUAAUAUAUUUACUGUGCUGCUGCUGCUACUUAUUGCCACCGCUCACCGGAUUAUUAUGAUGGGACCGGCCAUUCCUUGCUGAAUUGCCAAGCAGUUCCAGUUGAUAAAAAUUCCUUCAUGCAUAAAAUUAGGUAUAUUAUUAUUGGCGAAUUUCGCUUGGAAGUUGACUCUCUCUACUUCUGGGUUGGCACUACUUAUCAUCGACGGUUUAAUUUUCUACUACAGUGUCGAAACGAACUCCGGGCGAAUCUCACAGGCAGAGUAGAGCAAAAAUCUCCAUUGUGUGCGAACAACUUAUUGCGUGUCUCACUUGAUCCUCGAGUAAUGAGUAAUGUUCUCACUCUGCUGCCAAAUAAUCGAACAAGAAACAAUAACACAACAAGUUUCCAGUGCUAUUAGUUAUUAUUUCGUCAAAAACAAGUGGGUUACUCUAGUUUGGAGAGCACAUAAUCAGAAUCGAAGGAAAUUGAGUGACUAUCAUUACGAGUUCAGGUUGAUUUCGUCGGUGUCAAAAAUAUUUACCAGUAUAAUUGACAGUUACAUAGCAGCGGUAUAUACCGUGACGUAGAGAAAGUAGAACUUUCCACUGCUACAAGGAAACCUGGUGUGUGCUUGCCGAUUGAAGGACGAAGCGAGGAGUGUGUAUCGUAUUUAAUUUAAUGCAACGACGCCGCCAUCAAGUAUAAAAUUACCAAUAAGUACUCCGCAUAAUUGGAUCACGUCACUUUUGCUCCCGGCUUAACGCGGAGAAUGUAAUUUCUCCAGGAUUUCUCAUACUUAAACCUGCCUCAUCCGACCCUAGUUGUUGUCCCUCUCUCGGUAGUGACACGUGCACAUGAAUUGGAGAAACCAUCUCCCAAUAUAUAAGUUUUGCCAGUGAACCUCAUCAUCAAAUAUCUACGCAAAACGUCACUCACUUGUCCGACAAUCAAUGAAAUGAGGUGAGCAAAUAUGUGGGUGAGCCAAAAGAGAAGACUUUCCCAUGGGAGCUUGGCCACCACCACCGUCAACGCUUCCUCCACAAAUUCCACCCCGAUUCGACCUUUACCGUCACAAGAAAUUUGGGCUGAAAGGUCUGCGUCGUCCUCGUCCCUCCACGACGAUGAUCAUCAGGAUGGUCAACCUCUUGGAAGAAAACACUUGAUAUGCUGCACCACCAUCGCCACCGUCGUGUUAUUUGUUCUCAUUUGUGUCCUUGGAUCUUGCAACGCGUCUCCUCCACACGAAAACCACCACCUCGGAGUGUGGAGUCACUUCAUAGAAAAUGGUUCAAGUCCUCAUCCAUGGGAGAGUUUUGAGACUGAAAAUUCACCGAAAUCAUCAUCAUCUCAAUUUUCUCGUCGAUCUCGCAAAAUCGAAUUUGAAUUUCCGGACGGGGACUUGAUCCUGACGUCGAGAGAGGUUGUGGACCACUCGAAUGUUUUAAAGACCGGUCCGUGUUCCUGCUGGAAUACGACGAGCGACAUUAUGGGACGCGAAGUCGAAUGCACCUGCUCCGAGGCCAACUUUACUCAACUCUACAGGUCGUACCUGCUCCCGUCGGAUGUGCACCGAUUAACUGUGGAGCAUGCAAAGGAUUUCACAACCUUGGGCAGCGGAGAUUUGCUCCCAUAUGCAUCAACACUUAGCGAAUUAGUCUUGAGUGAGCUACCACAGUUCAAGGAAAUCCAGGUUGGAGCGUUUUAUGGGAUGCGGAAUUUAAAUACCAUAUACAUCCAUGAAGCCGCCUCUCUAAAGGAGAUUUCUGAUGACGUAUUCAAAGUUUUUCUCCCAAACUUAAAAAUCAUACGCCUGACCUACACCGGAUUGACAUCCGCUCCAAACCUUGGAAAAUUGCACGUUAAGGACGUACUGCACAUGGUAGAGUUCGAGAACGGAAAGAUUUCCCAGUUGAUUCCAGGUGGUUUCUACAACCUCAAAACAGAACAUUUGUCCCUCAGUUACAAUAAUCUACGCGAGAUUGGACCAUUGGCUUUCAACGGAUCAACAAUUGCUCGAUUAGGAUUGAAUGGAAAUCGCCAGUUAACGACGCUUCACCCUGAUAGCUUCCUGGGGAUUCUGUACCUUCGAGUCCUGGAUUUAUCGGAAACUUCGAUAACGUAUCUGCCCACUCAAGGACUUGGAGGCAUCGAAAUCCUCAAGUUGGAAAAUGUUUGGACACUCAACGUCAUUCCUUCCAUUUACCAUUUUCAAAGUUUGCAAAAAGCUGUAUUGACCUGGCCCUAUCACUGCUGCGCAUUUGCCAAUCCCGAAGCCCACGACCCUGUUACGUAUCAAGUAUAUCGAGAACAUGUUCAAGCCACUGUUCAAGAGCAUUGUGAUAAGGCUUCAGGAACAACUACGACAACAACAACGAUGACCAGCAGCUCCACAGAGGCACACAUUUCUUCUCCGGCGACGGAAGUGCAAAAGAACCUCGGUCACAACAGGUUUCCUCGAACAAACAGCCGACUUCCCCUCAAGCCCAGCAACACCAUCCGCAGCAGCACAAAAGAAAGGAGGAGAUCUGUAAACCCUGGCAGCAGACAAUCAUCAUUUGAAAUUAAUUCUGCAAUCUGGACACCAGACCAGGCAGGCCCAGAAGCAGCAGCAGCAGCAGCCAUAGAUGAGAAGGAGCAUGCAUUAUUAUUGCGUAGGCAGCGUCGAGAAAGUAGGACAACGAGGAGGAAUGGCGAUGGUGGUGACCUGAGAAAUAGAGGUCAACAAGCUGACAGUAAUCAUGACGGACCAGCAGAUGAUCCGGUGGAGCAUUUCAAAGAGCGUGAGCAUCUGGACUCUUUUGAUCCUUAUUCCAGGGACCCCACGAGGUCUUUCGGAGAUGUUUUGGAUUCAAGAAUUAAUACCGAUUCCGGAAUUGAUGACGAUCUUGGCGUUUUUCACCAUCACAGCGUUGACCCUUCACCUACAGUCAUCACACAUUGUGGCAAUGGCAAUGUCAGCAUGAAGCCAAAACACCCCAAAGUUAUUUGCACUCCUAUCCCAGACGCAUUCAACCCUUGUGAAGAUAUCAUGGGCAGUGUGUGGCUUAGGGGCGCAGUUUGGGUUGUGGUUUCAUUGGCUCUAAUUGGAAAUUCGGCUGUCCUCGUCGUCCUGCUGCUGGCGCCUGGUCGGAUGACCGUUCAACGUGUACUUAUGGCAAAUCUGUCGUUGGCAGAUUUGUGCAUGGGAAUCUAUCUUUUGAUGGUGGCUACAGAGGACCUCGUCUCCUUAGGAUCCUACUUCAAUUACGCCAUCGAUUGGCAAUUGGGGUGGGGAUGUCAAAUUGCAGGAUUCCUCACCGUCUUCGCAUCCGAGCUGUCAGUGUUCACACUCGUCGUAAUUACGGGAGAAAGGUGGUAUGCUCUCACCCGUGCGAUUCAUCUCACCAAGCGCUUAACAAUUGUGGGUGCCUGUAAGCUCAUGUCGUUGGGGUGGAUUCUGUCCAUGGUUCUGGCUGCAUUGCCUCUCGUCGGCGUAUCUUCCUACUCCAAAACCAGCAUUUGCUUGCCCAUGGAAGCCAACUCGGUGGGGUCAAUCGUCUACCUCGCUUUCCUCCUACUCUUCAACGGCCUGGCCUUCCUCCUUGUGGCCACGGCAUAUUUUCAGAUGUACCGAGCAGUGGCUGGUCACGGUGGAGGGGCAAUUGCCGCACCAGGAGCAUCCUCAGCAGAUGCGGCCAUCGCGCAAAAGAUGAGCAUAUUAGUGUUCAGCGACUUUGCUUGCUGGGCUCCGGUUGCCUUCUUCGGCCUAACCGCAGUGGGAGGCUAUCCACUCAUUGGAGUUACAGACUCCAAAAUUUUAUUGGUGUUCUUCUAUCCGUUGAACGCGCUACUCAACCCCUACCUCUACGCAAUAACGACCAAACAAUACCGUCGGGAUUUACUCCUUCUACUCAGCAGGCACGGGAUCUGCACCAAACGAGCAGCUCGAUACAAAGCAGGAGGUGUCUCAACCAACAACACGUUGCAAACUAUGCAAACGGUGCUGCGACUUGGGUCCCUCACUGAGACCAAGGUCAUGAGCACGCACCAUAACAACUCGCCCAACGGCAGUGGUCAUAUUUCAGUCGGAACCGUUUCUGGUGGUGGCAGCGACUUGAAAACUGGAGCACUGUCGCAAACGGAGAGACUUUCUCCAACUACAACAAGUGGUAACAGGCUGUCCGGAACUGGCACCAGUUGCAACAACUUGAAUGAGGUGAGUUCACCUUCUCACAUCUUUGACCAUCCCCUUCUUCCAACUACUGGGGUCAACUUAGUGCCCCCCAACCGGAACCAGCAAGGAGAAAGUCGCCACCGAAACAACUCUGAUGAUGAAGAUGCCCUCAACAAUAGCAGAUUGUUGGCAGAAACUAGCUUUAUUACCGUUCCAACCCCCAGUCCGACUGCUGGAAGGUCACCAAGUUGUCUGAAAAAUACGUCGAAUAACAACGGAUCAGGGAAAGCGGGUCGUCAUGUGACACUAUUGGGUCAAGACUCGAAGCAGUUGUUGACAAACGAAGACGAGGAUGAGAUGGAUCACGAGAUUUCGGAAGAUACCCCAUUCUGUAGAAGGACGGAGUAACUAAUUCGUGAAAUUUCUACGUUUCAUUUAAUUUUCCACAAUUCAUUAACGAUUGGAAUUAGCUAAAUAUUACUUGACACUGUACCACUCUAUAAAAACGGGAGGCCAUAAAAACGGUGUCAAUGGAAUAUUUAUUUUGUGUUCCCCUUCUGUGACUGGGAAAAUUAAUGUCAAUUUCAAAACAAAUGCCAAGUUCUUUCCACAAAACACAAUAUAUUACGUAACGCUGCUGGUAUAGAGUGACAACGGUGAAAGCAGAUUGUGAACGGUUUUUUAUUGUUAUUGCGUCACUAAGUAUUUUCCCCUCGGUUGGGUUUUCUUCUAAGAGAAACAACAAAUGUCUCAGCCCAUGAGACAGCGUGCGUUGAAGACGAUUUGAAAUAAUGCUCCUGCCUUUGGCUUAAUUACAUGUGAAAGUGUUAUUAUAUACCAUCGCAGAGGUGAAAGCAAGUGGCGGAUUGAAAAUUUAAAUGUCAUUUUAUGCAAAUGGGGUAACAAAUGAGCCAUUCCUUGUAUGCACUUGUUCUUUAGUGCAAUCCAUGAGUGCAGUAUACAUAGUUCCUUGUACCAAAAUUGUCGUGAAUUCCUACGCCAGUUGCAGUGGCUCAUCUUUAAUAAACAAACCUGUGAACCACAACCAACACAUCACGUCAUUUAAUAUUCGGAGUUGAUAGUUCAUGUGGCCGACUUUUAUGUAAUAUGUACAAGAGGUCACAUAUGUAUAGUCAGUACAGAUAUAUGUUGGUAUCGAUUGGUCGUAAAAUAUUGUAUACGAUUAUGAAAAUGCUCAGGGUUUUCUUAGUUUGAUGUUUGUUCCACUAAGGAAUAACAUUAAAAGCAUGAAAAUGAACGUAUGUGAUGGACAAAUGUGUAACGAGUGGGGUAAAUACAUGUACCUUUUGUAUACGGAUACAAGUAUAUAUUAAUAUUAUAUAAAUAUUAUAUAAAUAUUAUUUAAA